AAAAUAUUUGAUGUGAUAAUAAGAAGCAUAAACGUUAAUGAAAAAUAUUUUGAUGUGCUUUCAAAAGUGGCGAAAAAAAGUAAACAAAGAUAAGAAAAAUACCCUUAAUUAAGGAACAUGUGAACUCGUUCCCAAAAACCAUUAUAAAAUUAGCAGAAAGAAAAUUAAAGUUGCCAGAAAUUUUCAUCUCUCGUGCCAUAAAAUUGUCGCAGUUACAUUGACAGAAAGAAGAAGAUUAGUAGAGACAAAACGAGGAAGAACUCAGAAGCACAAUGGAAAAGCUAUGGAGCUCAAUUCUGAUGUUUUUAUUGCUGAUCAUAAGACGCAAUGGACUGUGUCAAAAUUUCGCUGAAAGCUUCCAUUCACAUCCACAACAAGAACAGCAACAACAUCACUAUGGAGAUAUCGGGACAGAUGAACCACAAUUUAUAACGAAGGGUCAUUUAUAUAGAGCGGUGGUUGGAGACACAAUCGUUCUGCCAUGCAAAGUUAAAAAUUUAGGAUCAUAUGUUUUGCUAUGGCGGCGUGGUGCAGCGGUGUUGACUGCACAAAAUUUAAUGGUCACUAGGGAUGCUCGUUUUAAAAUGAUCGAUGGCUAUAAUUUGCAAAUAUCUAACGUUAGAGUAACUGACGCAGGUGAUUAUGUUUGUCAGAUAGGUGAUGUUGAACCACGUGACCAAGUUCAUACAUUAGAAAUACUUGUACCACCAUCGGUUCGAUCUGUUCCCGACCACGGAAUUAUAUCAGCUCGUCAAGGUGGAACUGCAACGCUUGAGUGUAAAGCCACUGGCAAUCCGACACCUCACAUAUACUGGUUUCGAAAGACGGCAAAACAUUCAUCAAUGCCGCUUGGCGAGGGACCCGUUUUGAUAUUAGAACAAGUGGGUAGACAACAUUCAGGCACAUACCAAUGUAAAGCGGAAAAUGGUGUACGGGAAGCUGCUUAUGCGGAUGUAAAUUUAAAAGUUUUGUCACCACCAGAACUUAGUACAGAACGACAGUGGAUACAUGCUUCAGAGAGUUGUGAGAUUGAGAUCGUGUGUACUUUGCAAAGUGACAUGAAUACAGAUGUUUCAUGGUACCAAAACUCAUUCAUGCUCGAGCCAACAGAUCGUCGUACAAUGUAUUCACGAGGAAAUAAGUACAUUCUUAGUAUAGUAAAUUUUCGCACAACAGAUUUCGGUAACUACAGUUGUGUCGCUGACAAUUCAUUGGGGAGAACAAAAAAAUAUAUCGAGGUAUCAGGCAGGCCGGGUCCAACGGAGUUUCUAUCAUCGCAAUAUAGCAGUCAUUUGGAUCGAUACAAUUUGACAUUUAAAAUUGAAUCGCUGCCCGAUUUAGAUGAGAUUAAAUUGCUAUACAGAAAAUUGAUGAUUAAUGAAACAUAUCAGCGACCUGGAAAUUGGAAUGAACUAGUAUUAUAUCCAUCUGUUUCGCGAUAUGAUUCACGUCACUUUGUUAUGUCAUAUAUUAUAACAAAGUUGGAGCAUAAUUCUGUGUAUGAGGUGAUGGUGCAAGCAAAAAAUCGUUAUGGAUGGAAUGAGGUCAGUGACAUACAUCAAUUUCAUACAAGAAGCUAUGGAUAUGUGAACGAGAAUAUGGACUUUAUCAUAAAUUCAAUUUCAAUGACGAGUAGCGGAAGCGAUAUUUACAGAAAAAAGUUCAUCAUCAUUUUCAUUUGUUGUCAAUUUCUUGCAGCAUUCUUACUCAGUGUGAUAACUUAGAAUAAGAUUGGAUAUUAUUAAAUUAAACAAAUCAUAAA